UUUACGUACCACAAUGUUGCCGAAAUAAAUUAUGGAUUUCAACGACUUUCUCUCAGAUUUAAGAACAGCUGGACAAGAAUUUAAUGAAAAAAUAUCUGAUAAAUAUGCGGCAACUAUGGCAUACUGCGAAACGGCCUGCAAGGGUUUGGAUAGACUGGAGAGAGAUGCUGGUCCAUAUGAGAACCAGGUGAUUGGUCUGUGGGUGUUUCUGGGAUACAUUCAGGAGACUUAUCCCAAACUCACAUCAGGGCCUGCUAUCAAUGCACUUUGCCAGAAAAUUUUCAGACACUGUGCUCGUACAGUACUAAACAUUAAGUGGCAACAACUUGAUGAAAACAGCACAAGUCGGCAGAAUUUUAAAGUAACGCUGCAGAAUUUAAACCAAUGCCUAUCUGCCACUGGAUACACCCGGUUUUCCCUAAUUUUGACGUUAAUGGACAGUGGAUGGACCCGCCCCAUUCUCAGCCAGGUUAUGGGUGGGGAGGAAGACACGGAGGAUGGGGAAGGUCUGAACUACAUAAUUAACGAGGAUCCAGUGAUUUUGAAAAUCCGUGUGGAGCUGAUGCUGCAGGAGAACUGUGAAGAGUUUGCUCUAAAUCUCUGUUCCUGGUGUCUGAAGCAUCCUGCACUCAAAGACGACCUUGACAUUCGACAGACUCAGCUCAUGCUGUUUCACAAGCUCAACAACUCAGACCGGCUUCAGGAAGAGUGUCAGAAGAUUCCAUGUCACGAUGGAGUCCGACUCAUCUCCCGGAUGCGACAGAUGGAGAAGUACAAGAGUUUAUGUACUCGACUCGCUCAAAUAUUUCUUGUUCAGGAUUGGAUCCGACAGUCUGAACACUGUUGUACAAAGGACUUAUUAAAAUUGUGGAUUCGCCAUCAAUAUCUUGCUGACCGGGAUAAGGAGAAGUUUCUCAAAAGUGUCUGGGCCAUCGCCAAGCUGUCUAGUGCUACCAACCAGAUUCUUCUCAUGAUUGAUGCUCUCAAACUCGAGUGUGGUGACAUGUUCCUGCAGCUGUACACCGAUCUGUGUAUCUUCGCUCUCAACUUCGACAAGAGCUGCCUUGAGAAACACAUGCAGGACGGGGACAUGGAAGGACUGCGCAGUCGGCAGCAGGCCAUGGCCGGCACAUGCAAGAAACUGGCAAAUGUCUACCUCAAAAAUGACACAAAGAUCGCUAGAUAUAGUGCUGUCACAUCUUUCGCUCUGAAUCCGUCGUCAGAAACAUUGUCGUUUGUCGAAACGUUCUAUUUAAAUCUUACUGUUCCAUACGUGAUCGACCGAGGCAAGCAGACACAUGACGAUGAAAAGUGUUGUACUAAUUGUUUUCGAGGAGAAGGAACAUGUCGGUAUAAAAAGUCUGAGGGAAAUCAGAGCGAUGCGAAUGUGGACAUUGCCACUUUACUGGAAGUAGAACGUUUGUUAACUAUGUUGAGGCCAUUUUAUUUGAAUCCUGACAUGAAGUGGACUGAACUCAGACCCCUCUGUCAGAGAUUCUUGCACGAAAGAGAAAGACUUGCUCAGAAGUUUGCUUUAGAAAUCGCUGAAACGUGUGCAGCUGAUGUUGGCAACAAGAGCGUUGCCGAAGCAGUCCCCAGCAGCCCAGCUCCAUCCACUGCCCCGCCGGCUUCAGUUUUAAUACAGGCUUCCAGUACCACAAACACUCAACAGCAGAAACCACAAUCAGCUCACACACUGGUGAUUAAGAGUGAGAAGCCAGAUAGUUAUUUGCCACAAAAGGUUCAUGCUGCAACGACUAAGUUGGUUCCACAAGAUGCAUCCAAGUUGGUACCAGGUCAGCAGCAGAAUUUUUCAAAGCAUGUAUCCAGGCCUGUAUCCACACAGCAGACAGUUCCACGUGUAACCAAAGCAGUAUCCUCACAGUACGAUUUUCCACAUGUCACUAGACCUGCAUCCGUGCAACAGAAUGUUCCACAUGUAACCAGACCUGUAUCCGUGCAGCAAACUGUUCCGCAUGUAACCAGACCUGCAUCCUUGCAACAGACAAUCCAACAAUAUGUAAACAGGCCUGUGUCCUCUCAUCAGAAUGUUUCACAACAUGUAACCAAGCCUUUAUCUUUGCAACAGACCGUUCCACAACAUGUAAGCAGACCUGUCUCCACACACCACGUUUCACAGCAUACUGUGACUAGAGAAACAUACAGCUCACCUAUAAGUGUGUCCUCGCAACAGAGUCUUGGAACUGUACAGCAAGAUACAAACAGCUUAGUAGGAAUUGAGCCUUCUGUUAUGUUAUCCGAAGAUAAACACAUGAUAAUUCGCAACCUUUUGUUUACUAAUGAAGAUGUUUCCUUGGCUGACUUCCCUGAUGCAGAUGCCCUGGUUGAACUGUUGCAGCAGGCAUUGCCUGGAGGUGGGACUGAACUUCCCGAAACAUUACAAGACAUCACAAUGGACAACACUGGUGUAGCUCCAGCUGUUCAUAUUGUCCAGGAGUCCAUUUCAGAACAGAUGAAACGGGUAGCUCAAACAGACUCUAAUUUUGUGUCUAUCUAUUCUGCACCAGCCACUGCUCCGGCUGUGCAGACAUCUUUGUGCAAUACUUCUCAUGUAACUAUGAGUGGCAGAAACAUUAAUGCUACACAUAAUUUAAUCCAUUCAUCAACUGUUCCGUCAUUUUCAGUUCCAGUCAGUAGCAUGCCUCUGUCUAGCCAGGCCAUACAGAGCAGCAGUGCAAUGGAUGUGGCAGCACUUGUAAAUCUACAAUCAGUUCUCGAAAUGCCUCAGAUAGGAAUGACUUCCUUGGGACAUUCUCAGAAACAACCUCGUAAUCAAUCUCUGUCGUAUGUGACCGUUGUGACUCAAGCUGAACAUGCGACCUCAAGCGCAUAUAUCCAAAAUACAUCAGUAUCAAGAUCAAACAUUCCAAUUCAACCAAAAGUAACUCAAUCAAGAGUGCUGAGGCCGGGGGUGGCAGGGGUAGUUCAUCAACGAAUUGGGGCUGGCCAACAACCUGUUCAAGCCAUGAUGACUACUAAUCUUCAGAAGGUGUCCAGCCAAACACAGGGUGCAAUACGAAUGGCAGCAGUGGGAUCCCAAAUCAAGCACAAUACCAGUGUGCGGUCGCUGCACUUGUCAAGCCUUCCAGGUAAGCCAGUUGUUACCCCGAAAUCUUAUCCCAAUGUAUCAUCCAGCACUGAACAUAGUGACACGACUGUGGCCCAGAAAACUGAACAGAUUCAUUCUCAACAACAAAGUGUGUCUAGUUCAACACAGAACAGUUUGAAAAAUCUCUUUCAUCAGCAGAGCAUAGCUGCUUCAAAAGCUGGAAAUGCUCCGUUACUUGCUCAACAAAUUGUGUCUGGCAUGGGUCCGAUACCUGGUCAGCUUGUGUCUUUUGAUCCGGAGUAUGCUGGCAGUGUUCAAAACACAGUUCAGAGCUUAGCAGCUCGCAAACCAGGAUUGAUGCAAAAUAUUCUUACAGGAGGAUCUGUACAAGUAAUUCCAUCACCUUCCUCUAUGAUGCUAAAUGCAGCUGGUGUGGCCAACAUUACCCAGACCUCUGCAAAUGUUACUUCACAACCUCCAACGAUUCUGUAUACAACACCACCUCCAAGUUCCAUAUCAAUGCAACAGUCUGUGCCCAACUUCACUCAGUACAGUCAAGCAGUACCGAAUUUGGACAUGAACCAGCAAGCAUUACAGGGAACAGCUGACAUCUCUAGUGUUAUUGCUUUGUUGAAUCUUCAGUCUCAGUUAAUUUCACAAACUAAUUCUCAGCCAGGAAGCAAACCUAAUGCAACUAAAACAUUGAAAAAAGUUUUUAAUGAAAUACAGAAAAACAAAAUUAAAAAACAAAAUCCAGUUUGCUCUGCUGUUAAAACAUCUCAUGAGAAGGAUCACGUUAAUGUGAAAGUUGCACCAAAUUCUUCAAAGGAAACAAAUUUACUGAACCAGCUGAAAGUGGGCAUCUCUACCGAAAUGCCCAAGGAGACCGUUCUUUCAAUGCACUUGCAUGGCAUCCCAGUUCAGUUUGCCCCUCCACCCAGUGCCUCAGUACUAGAACAAACUGUUACCUGUGCAAAUGAACCAAUUCCCGAACAGAACACAAUUGCAUCUGCAGCUUUAUUUCAGCAUCUCCAGCCUACUCAGCCAGCCCUGGUUCAGCAAGGCCAGCAGGUUCAACAUCUUGUUGGAUCCUUGUCACAGCUGCAGCAAUCCUCUGUCAGUGUAAUACCAUCAACUGGGCAGACACAGAAUAGCUUAGUCCAUUCAGGUCAAACAAUUUUUAUUCCAGCUGCAGGCCAGCAGAAUACUGCUGCUUUGUUCCAGCCAACGACAGUUGGUCAGUUGACACUAGUUCAUCAAGUUCCAAGUCAGGCAUUGUUUAGUCAGCCAGGAGUAUUACAAACUGGAAUUCAGAUCUCUAAUGUUAGUCAGUUAUCUGUAGCUAAAGAGUCCAGUACAACACAAGUUAACAAAAAAGUGUCAAACUCUAAAACAGUUAGUGAAGUUUCAUUUAGUGCUAGUAAUCAAGUAAGUACUGGUGAUGUUACUCCAACUACCUCCUCAUCAGUGUCAAAAGCUCAUGUUCCUUUUAUGUUAGCAUCACGACUUUGUAGUUCUUCUUCAAAAAAGUACAAUUUGUCAUCUUCUCAGUCAAAGUGUAGUCAAAAGACAAAGUCUAAUUUAAAGGACCUUCCAGCUGUAAGCAAGGCUGCUGAUUUUCCAUCAUUUCCCAUUUCGAGUAAAUCGAGUGAGGUAACAAGUCAGCUGGAGAGAUUUUUAUUGAAUUCAUUGUUACCAAAGCAGUCCACUGCCGUUUCAAGCCAACUACAGAAUGGAGUGCAAUCAGCAGAACCUUUACACAUACAAUCAGUCCUCCCCCCUCACUCUUAUACACCUGACACUCAAACAAACACUCAGUCAUUAUAUCAUAAUCAUUUGAUUAAAAAAUCAGAUACGGUAGGACUUUUAGAUUGCUUGGGAGUAAAGGGUUCUGGGUCUGCAUUCAUAUCUGUUGAUGGUGUUGAUGUUCCAGUGGGGUUUAGCCAGCAGCAAGGUAGUCUUUCAACUGCAAAUAGUACAGCCACGGAUAGUUCGAACAAUUCUCUUCAUGUUUUGGCAUCCAAGAGUGUACAAGAAUCGGUGCUAGACAAAUGUGAAAAUCAAGUUGAUGGUACUUUUUUCUCUCAAAAUAAAAGUGUGUCAAAGAAUACUCUGCAAAAGACUGAUUUGACAACAAUGGACCAGCCAUAUCUAAUUGAAAACGUGUCUUCGUUAGAUUUGGCUGCAAGUCAAGCCUAUGAUGCUUCUGAAGAGUUUUCCAAAUUAUCAGAUGCUGCCACUUCAAAAUCCUGUGCUUCUGUAACUGCUGAUGAUUCAAAAUCUGAUGUUCAGAAGAAAAGAAUAGUUUCUAAACGCCUUUUUGCCACAAAGUUCAAAUGUAUGAUAUGUUCUGAAGUGUUUGAAAAUAUGGAUGAUCUUCGUAGCCAUGUACGAAAUCCAUGUACACCAGGAUUAGAGACAUCUAUGGAAAAGUUUAAUCGCAUCAGUGCUUGUGAAGAAGCACUCAAACAGAAAUCACCAUAUUCUGGUAAAUGUUCAUCAGAUAAAGUGCCACAAGUAACAAAAAAAUCAUUGGAAGCCAGCAGGGUGUAUGAGUGCCCAGUUUGUAAGGUAUUGUGCAAAACAGAUGAAGAAGUCCUGCAUCAUCGAUUUGGUUGUUUGAAAUCAAAAAGUAAACCGAGACAGAGAAAGCCAAAGGUUUCACAACCAGAUAUCUCUACCACAAGUUCAGAUCCACCAGCAGUAACAACCUCAUCAGUAAUGACUGACCUGUCAGCUGGUGUAUUGCAACAUGACACUUCUUUCAGUUCUGGGCCCAUAUCUCUAACUGCGUUAUCUCCACUCUCUCACAAUUCUGGUGGAAUGGUAUCCCCAGUGACAACUGCAAUAGUGUCGUCACUGACCUUACCGGCUGUACAAGAAUCUCCAGUAUCCACUUCAGUAGCAUCAUCAUUGUCUUCAACACCUCCAGCUGCAGCAGCAUUUUCUGGAGAUAAUGCAUCCUGUGUAAGGCCUGUAAAGUUUGUGGGUCAUAAACCUACCAAAGAAAAAAAAUCACCCCAUACUGGAUUACUUGGAGCAAGACCAAAACCACCACCAAAGCCAAUGACUCCAGAAAGAAUAGCAGACCUUUUGCUAGUUUGGCGAACUGUUGAAUGGGUGAGAGCAGCACUGGGUGUAGCUGCUCCUUCAUUUCGGAUUAAGGCACUGGAUUUGGCACGAUCAAGUUUGACUCCAAGUACGGAAUCUGAUUCACAGCUAGUGGAAGCUCUUGAUAUUGAUAAAUCAGUUGUGCCAAAAAUAAAACUAUAUGAAGAGAAACAAAAAAAAUUGAAAAACAAGAAGAGAAAAGCCUCACCAAAAGCUGAUUCUAGUUUUGAAAGUAUUUCAAGUGUUAAAUCUUUUACAAAGAAAGAAAAAGCACCACCAAAGAAGAAAAAGGAAGCCCUUUGUUCAGUUAAUCCCGAUGGAAAGAAAACGGAAAAAUCAUCUGAUUCACAACAGUCUAGUCCUGUGAAAAAGAAGAAGGCAAAGAAAAAUCCUGAACCCAAAUUUCAAGUAUUAGAACAUUUAGGAAGAAAGUAUUAUAAGUGUGGUCUUUGUGGGCAGACAUUUUGUAAUUUAGAUUUUAUGGUUUCUGAGCAUUGGGAAAAAUGUUUGAGUCAGAAUCCUAAACAACGGAAAAGCAAACCUGGAGGCCCAGGUGACAAGAAGGUUCAGAAAACAAAAACAAAUAAAGAUGCUAAGAGUGCAGAAAAUACAACAGGUUACCAGUCAACAGGUGAAGCUACUGAACCCACGGCUACUGAGAAAAAUGAAGCUGUGGUAUCAACAGAACACAAGACUGAGCUUAAGUUACAGAACACUCCCAAAACAGAGUCAAAUAAUCAAAGUGCUGUAAAGGAAAGUGUUCAGGAGAAAUCAAGUACAGAUCAAUUAAAUCCUGUAUCGUCUCUUCCAAAAGUUGAAUCUCUUCAUAUUGACUUUGCUGCUCUUCUAAAAGAAACAUUUUCCAAUGCUCUUGGUAAGAGAAUGGUAGAUACAGUUAAUCCUUUAGGUGAUAAAUCAAACCCUUGGGAACACUCUUCCACUGACAUGAUACCUGAUCAGUCAAAUAUGAAGAUAUUGGAAAGAAUUGAAGAGUCCGCAUCAACAUCAGUGACGUCAGAAAGUUUCAGUGUACCAUCUAGUCAACCAAUUAAGACUGAGCUAUUGCCAUUUUUUGGUAAUGAUCCAGGUUUAGAAUCUGUAUAUGAUGAUGAGCCAAAUGUUGCUAGAAUUGAAUCCUCAACUGUUCUUAAACCACAGGAACAGGUGAACCAGAAUGAGUACCUAAGACGUUAUAGUGAUGAUAGUGUUAUGAUGCACGAAGUUGAUAGCAACACUUCAGGAAGAACUUUGGUUUACCAUGAUGAAGACCAUGUAGCCCAUACACCGCAACCAGUUGAAGAAACCUCAGGUUCUGACCUGUGUCAUGAAAAUCCACUGCCACCAAAUGAUUACUUAUCUACCGAAAUGAUAAAAACAGAAAUGUUUAGUUCUACGGAUGUCAAGUUAACAUGUGAUGAAGUGUUGGAACAGAUGCCUUUAAGUUUAUCAGAAGAUGAUAAAAGUAAAGAAGAUGCUGUGAACAGUUCAAUGGAACAGAGAUAUGAUGGGAAAAUAGACAAUUCUUCAGAGACAUUUGACUUGUCCACGCAGCUUCAUUCUGAUGAGGAUUUCAGAAUUAAGGAGAAAGAAGAGAAAAGUAAUGUAAAUCUGCAGAUUGGUUUAAGCAAUGAAGAGGCUGCAGACAAUGAAAAAUCUAUUGGUGUGCAGCCAAAUGAUGAAGAUGUUGUUCACAGUGUUGACAGAAGUGCCGAUGUUGAUCAUGUGGUGGAUAGACCUUGUGGUAGUUCUUCCUCAGAUGAACAGAGUUCUGUUGAUGAAAUAAGAGACAAACCUUGCAGUCCUGCGACAGAUGAAAGUGGUUCUGGUGAUAAAAUAAGAGACACACCUUGUGAUGGUCCAUGUUCAGAAGAAAAGAAUUCUGAUAAAACAUGUUCAGAAGAAAAGAAUUCUGAUGAUAAAACCUGUUCAGAAGAAAAGAGUUCUGAUGAUAAAACAUGUUCAGAAGAAAAGAGUUCUGAUGAUAAAACAUAUUCAGAAGAAAAGAAUUCUGAUGACAACACAUGUUUAGAAGAAAAGAAUUCUGAUGAUAAAACAUGUUUAGAAGAAAAGAAUUCUGAUGAUAAAACACAUUCAGAAGAAAAGAAUUCUUAUGAUAAGACACUAGAUAUGCCAUUGCCAACUUCAGAUGGAGAAAGUCACAGUGAUAAAAUGUUAGAUGAAUCAUGUGAUACUCCAACUUCUGAUGAAGACAGCGAUGUUACCAAAAAACAAAUAUCAGAUGAAAAUCAAAGUGAGAAAGAAGCUGAUAAAUCAGAUGAAACCACCACCAUAGACAGUGCUGUUCUUCUGGGGAAGAAAAGGCCAGUUUUGGAUAGAGAUGCCAAGAAUAUGAAUAGUAGCAGCUCUUUUAUGCUGAACAAGAUUGAUGACUCUAAUACAGGUAGUGAUGUCUCCUGUGAUGCCUGUGGUGCCUUGUUUAGACAUGUUCGAACUCUUAUCCAGCACAUGGUGUCUCGUCAUCUUCAUCCAAAGAAGUGGACUGCUGCAUCAAUCUCCUCUAUUGUUUGUCCCUUCUGUGAUUUGACUUGCAGAUCCUACAUGAUCUACAUGAAUCAUCUUCCCAAACAUACCACAGUAAUUCUUGAAAAGAUGAGACAACAUUUACUUUCAGAUGAAAAGAAAUCUCAGUCCAAAACAAGAACUCAACAUACCAGAGUUGCUGAAGUUUUAAAAGGUAAACAGAAGAAAGAAGAUAAUUCUGAUUUGGCUUCAAUAAAAAAGGUGCAGAACCAUUCCAAACAAACCUCACUGGAUGCUGUUGACACUGAUGUUGAUGUUAAGAUGGCCCGAAAAAGAGGGCGGCCAAGAAAAUAUUUUAAAACAGAAGUGGAAAAUGUGGAAAAUGAAGAUGAUCCAGUCCAGUCAGAUGUUAAACCUUUGUUUCCAGCACUAGAUGACAGUGCCUCCAUGAAGGAACAAGUUUCUUGUGAUGAUGAUUCAGCAAAGGAGCCUGUUAAAACUGAUGUUUCUUUGCCAAGUAGACAAACAAGAUCAAGAACAUCCAGAGAGUUGAGGCAUACGAAUGAAAGUCAAGAGAGUAUGUCCUUAGUGAAUUCGAAAGCAAAAUUAACUAGAUCCAGAAAAAGGUCUCUGAGUCCAGUUUCAACACCACUUGGACAUCAUCACACAAAAACAGCCAAACUAUCCAGCACUGACACAGAUAAUACUUCGUCAGAUAUGAAGACACCUGGGUGCAAAACUAGAUCAUUAGGAAAAGAAAUGGGUCCAAAGAAAGGGUCCCCAAGUCCUACAGGUUCAGGACAGAGAAAGUCGUCAGCUCAGCAGACACGGAAGAAUUUGAUAAAAGCUGCACAGGCACAUGUUAUACAGAGAAAGAAAGCUGCUUUUGCAUCCCAUAAUAGUUCUGAGAAAAAACAAACAUCUUACAAGAAAAAAGAAACUGGUAAUGAAAAAAUAAAUGAACAAGAGCAGAUUUCCAGAAAGUCAUACUCCUUACGAAAUGCAGCCCAUUUAUACAUUAAAUCUAGACAAAAUGUGAAUGCUUUAGACAAGAGUACUGUUCUUGCUAGGGAAAAGAAGAAUGAUCAAGAAAAUCCAAUUAAUGCAAAAAGAAAAACUUCUUGUAAAAAAGAUUUGAAAACUCAGUCUAUUGAGAAUGAUGGUGAUGAAGUUUCAACAAAGAGUUGUAAUGUUGAAAAAGAUAUGAAAUGUUCCAGGAAACUUAGGAUUCAGUUUGCUAAAAGGUAUGAUGAAACAUCCAUUUGUUUUAACAAGAAAGACAAAUGUUGGCAAGCUUUUGAUAGAGUUUCAAAGACAUGGAAAUUACUUUCUUCUAAACAUUUUGUUGGACUUUCAAAACAUUCCAUUGUAAAAGAAAAGCGGGCUUUACCAAAAAAUGCUGAAAAAUGUGUAAGCAAGGAACAAACCGAAGGAGAGAGCAUCCUUGAAGAGGAACAGAAAAGUGAGCAUGAAGUUUCCUGUGAAAGUGAAGCGGAAGUAAAGACUGAAAGUAUGACAACAGUACCCAUAGAAGAUAAAUGUGAAGCAGAGUUCGAGAAACCUGUUGGCUUACGUUCACCAUCAUCAUUUCAGGACUCGUAUAUGUCAUAUCUCUGCCAGUUCUCCUCAGAAAGCAAUUCAGAUGAUGCUGAAGUAACUGAAGCACAAGAGUCUGACACCCAGGUAUUAACACCACCAAAGAAAGAGUUACAAGGCAUCAAGACACUGCGGGGUAUGAUUAAGUCUGAAUCCUUCUCUUGGGAUGUUGGCGAUGAUGGUGGAAAGACACCAAGUAAAGAAGAAAGUGUUUGUGAUAACAGAAAUGAGGACACUUUAUCUGAAACAAAAUCUGGAUUGAAGUUAACAGAUGGAGUGCUAGAGGGAAAUAAUAAAAUAGGUUCAGGCUUUGAAAAAGAAAAUGAAAAAUUUGAUCAUACCUGUAAUAAGGAUUUAACCUCAAGUGAAAAAAAUGAGAACUAUAAUCAAAAGGCUAGUUUGACUAUAAAAUCUGUUGAAGAAAGUGAUAAUACUUGUAGUGCUGUAAAUAUGGUUUCAGAAAUAGCGGAAGAUAAGAACCCACAACAAUCUGACAUUGAUGUAUCUGAAAAAGUAAAUGCAAUUGUUGAUAAAACAAAAGAAACAUUUUCAAAUUCAGUGGAAGGAAAUGAUAGUUGUUUUGUUGAUGAAUCAAAGAGUGACACUAUCAUGAGACAACCUAAAUCUCUACGGUCAAUGGCAGCAAGCAUGCAACCACCAAACACAUGUCUGAAGUCUGACAUGGCUUUAGCUACAGGAAUGAAGUCAUCAGGUGUAACUAAGGCUGAAGCAGAACCUGUAGGGAAGGAAGUUCCGUCAAAAAUAGAAUCUAAAGUAUCAGGCAAGGAGAAGACAUCACAUGGUGCUAUGCCACAGUUGUCAGAUACAGAAGAGGAUGAGGAUGAAACAAAAACACAGAGAAUUCAGCGCUCCUUGAAAUCUCUCCGUGAAAAGUCCAAUGUUGCUCCUUUUACAUGGGAUGUUGAUGAAGAUGAACAUCCAGCCUCGAAGAUAUCCCGUACUCAUGUACCAACUGAACAGAGGAAUGAGUCCCGUGAAACUAUCCACACCAAGGCAGUAUCUGUCGGAACAUCCCCACGAAUGGGCUCAUCCCCUCCAGAAACAUUUAUAAGAACAAGAUUUAGGCACUUUGGAGAAGGGAUGAAGUCGGAUGGAUUUAGAAAAGUAACUCGGUCAUGUAGCAGUGAAUCAUUAUUUAAUAAAGUAAGCCAUACCCAGUCUGCGUCUUGUAGUAUACCUACUAAAACAGAUAUAAGAUCAAUUUUAGGUAAAGAAACAAAAUCCAGACCAAUAUCUGUUGGAACUGACCAGUCCUAUAGGACACGAUCAUGUGAUCAGAGAUCUUCAGAUUUAAAUAAUUAUUUACAAAGAAAAGUUAAAUUGGAGGUUAGGCCUGAAGAUGAUGCAAACAUCACUGCGUGCAGGAAACGUAGGAUCAGCAAGAGUGAAGAAAGUCAGGAAAGAAAGUGCUUUGGAAUGGCAGCUCCAUCGUCCAAGGAAAGUGUUGUUAGAGCUAGAUAUGGAUCACCAAGAGGGCAGCACACAUUUUCCAAUGUUGAAUCACUGCCUGCUGUUGUCCGGAGGAGCAGUCAUCGACUGACUAGUCCAGUUUACCCCAAAUCCUCAGUUUCCAACGUCCAGUUCUACAGAGUGGCCCCGACUGAGGAGCCGAAAGGGGACAGUUUGAGAAACACACGGAGUGUGAAGCCUCCGUUUGAAGAGAGAACUAGACACACUCUGGUGAUGGGUGAACAUGUUCAGUGUAGGCCACAGUUGUGCAACUCUGGUGGUAAAAAAAUUGAUCAGAAGUGGGUUAUUGAUAAGCGCAAACAUAAAAAAGCUAGUUUUCCAUACGCCUUCACACGAAUUGGAAACCAAAGAAAAUAAUGUUUUCUUUUUACUUGCAAUGAAAAAAACAUGUUUAGUGUUAUUAUUUAAAUAUGUUUGACCAAAUGCUGGUUAAUUUAAAAAAAAUAAAAAUGAUUGUGGUU